AUGGCUAUGGUGCUCCCUUCCGCCAGUCCAGCAGCAGCAACUCUUGGUGUUCUCGGAUCAUUUCACAAGCGUACGCUUGCUACUCAGUCGCUCAAUUUUUACACGGCACGAUCGCUGCUAAGGUUUGAACCACUGUCAGCUCAGAUCCGAGGGAGAAGCCGCCAUAGCUUGAUCCGAGCAGCAGCAUCAUCAACAGGGCCAUCUUCGGAGAGAAAAGAGGAAGUGUUCUUCGAUGGUGGUCCACAUUACGGUGAUCUGGUAGCCAACUUGGUGUUUGGCUUCACGCUUUUCUGGCUACCAUUGACAGUCGCAGCGGUGUUCCGGGCCUUGUUCUUGAGGUACAGGUUCACAACCUACAGAGUGACUAUUCUUUCGGGAUUAACAGGUGGUGAUAGGAAAGACUUCAAGUAUGACGCGAUCAAGGACGUCAAGUAUGUCCCACGAUUCAUCGGCGAGUGGGGCGACGUUGUGAUCACUCUCAAGGAUGACACCAAGGUGGAGCUCAAAUCCUUGCCCAGAUUCAGAGAGAUCGCAAAGUUCUGUCUAGACAAGUCUGGAGUUUCCGGUGGCGGCUCUGUGGAAGAGAUGGAAGUCAAGAAGAGGGGAUUUUCGUGA